CAAAUCGUCCUACCUGAACAGUACGUUCAUCGAAUUUACAGCUUUUAUUUUAGACUCAUAUUUUUCUCAUGUUGAGUAACGGCUAUGCGACAUACGUGAUGAAUGCUUAAAUGUAAUCUAAUUGAACAAAGUGGUAAGAAUCAUUUUUACUUCGUUUGGAUAAUAGUUGAAACUAUAUAGAUUAGACAUAUGCAGCGAAAGAUUUUGAUUGAAAAAUGUUUUCCAUAUUCGAAUACCGCGCUAAAAGUUGUGAUUUAAAAUCUUUUGAUAGAAACCAAUCAGAUUCGCUGUGCGUACGAGUAACGUAUUAAUAUUACGGAUGGUAGAACGUGGUAGAACUUUUCCUCGGGAAAUUGGAUCAUUUUAAAUUGGAUUGUCAUAAUCGUUCAGUGAUAUAAAGCGGGUUCCAUAUUUUUAUUAAAGGGAAAAAUGAAGUAACAGGUAAAAUACAUCUUCUUUGUAACGUAUUUAUUGUAACAUUCAAUAAUACGUCGUAAAUUUGUGUUUCAUUCAUAAACAAUAUUAAUUAUAAUAUAUGAAAUAUUGAGGCAAACAUUAUUUUUAAAUAGAACGAUAGCAAUAAUAUUGCGAUAUUUUGCAAUUAUUAUAGGAUUAUCUUGGAAAGAUUCGCAAGUAUCUUAUUCGCGGCACCGUAAGUAAGCGAUCGGUCCUUGGUCGGUAAAGAUUUAGUAGCACCAUCUAUACGUAAUAAUACUGUAACGCUCUCUGUAUCUUCCAUUCGUGUAGGUUUAUAAAUAUAUACUUGAAAAAUAAUAUUCUUCUAAUAACGAUAAUUUCGGAUAAUUUCUAUAUGGUAUUAAACGAACGUAAUAGAUUGAUCGAUAAUAAAAUACGUACGUAGUACAUAUGUAAGUGGAUUAAAUUAAUAACGCGUAUAUGUAAUGUGACAGCGCACGGAUCUGAAAUGGAGGAAUUAUUUCAAUUGAAGACAGAAAAUCUGGAUCACUUGUUGCCACGAAUAAAAGGUAACUUGAUGUCGCCGAAGGAAAAAUCGCAAAUGUCUGCGCUCGAACAACUGACGAUCCUUUUAAAAUCUCAAGUCCACGGCGUUCGAAGUAGCGUUUUUACGAAGCUCAUCAAAUUCGACAUAAUUUCGAGUCUGUGUGACGUUUUAAAGACUUUUCGGGAACCGCUUAUAACUUCCGCUCUCGAGUGUUUGGCUUUAGCGAGCGAACAUCGAAAGUUUUACGAAAGUCAGGUCGCCGCGGAGGCUGUGAGCUCUUUGCUUCUGUCCUUCUUUGGAAAGGCUCCUUCUUGCUAUUCGCAAUAUAUUAUUCAAGUAAUAAUAUGGAUAUAUUAUCAACAUAUGUCUUUAUUGAUAAUAGAAUUUAAAAAUGUCGAAAAUAUUUUCUAUAUUUUCAGCGGCAAAAAAUUAGGUAUCGAAGUCGAUAGCGUAUGCGCCAUCAAUCAAAUCUUUUCAUUUAUCAAGGACUUGAGCCAAAAAUGCUUAUCUUAUGUAUUAAGGUUCACGAUUGUCGACAUUUUAAAUGUCCUACUUGAAUACGUAACGUUGGACGGGUGCGAAAACGAAGAUGAGAGAUUGAUUCUCGAUGUUUGCAACGAGUCGAUAAAAUCUAUGAAAGAUAUCCUGGAACACGAUUACGAAGAGGAGUACGCAUCGACAAAUGCCAUUGUCGGCUUAUGCUGCCUUUGCGCUUCCAGCGUGCGAUUUUGCGACAAGGAUUAUCUGACGGACGUUGACGAGGUUGGCAAUAUGACUCCGACGCGGGACAAAAUAUCUCUCGGAAAGACUAUUUAUGCGAUCGUUAUGUAUACCAUCGUACCGCGUCUUAAAAACGUACGCAUGGAUCAAGAGAAUACCAUCAAGUGUUACGACAGUUUUGUUUCUUGUCUCAAUAACAUGUACAAUAUGAGAGAUUUUAAACAAGAGGACAUAGCUAAUCAUUUAGCAGGGAACGGUUAUUUUAAAUAUUUCUUACGUCUUAGCGCUCAACUUUCAUUACACCAACGACGAAGUAUUUGUAUCUUACUGACGCGGACAUUGAUCACUUUGGCGAAAUACUCUUUAUCGAUCGACAAGUUGCCCGAAGGCGUUAAUGUAUUUUCAAGUAGGAUGUUUGAUGGAUUUCUCUCUCUACCGAAUGAUCUCGAACAGUGGACCGACAUAAUAGCGAUUUCCGAUGAUCGUAAUACGGCUUUAAUGAUUUCCCUUUACUAUCAUUAUCAUGCGACCAGGGAACUCGACAUGAUUUCGUUCGAAUCUCUGAUAAAAAGAUUGUUAAAAUUAGAAGACGUUCGAUCGAUAAUCGUACCAAUUCUAAAGCCAUUAUGGUUUUUAUUCGCUGUGUCAUUUUUGUCUCAUCCAUCACCGGACAAAAACUGCGAGUACGGAAAAGCGGUGAAAAAAUUAACAAUGGCAUUACAAUACUCGGAAUUAAGUCAGUGUUACACUCAUCACAUCGAGCUCUUACAUUUUUCUCUCAAAUGUCCCGAGAUAACGAACGACUUACGAUACAGAGUAAUGGAUAUGUGGCUGAUAGAAUCCGAUGGUGACAUCGCACCUCUCUUGAAGCUCGAUUGUCACAGCGUCGUUAGACAUUGUUUACUGAUUAUAGUACAAAAUGGAAGCCUCGACGGAAGCGUGGUUCGUUUAGCUGUAAAAGGAAUACGUCAAUCGAUGCUGAUUGGUAAUUGCGACGAGAUUGCCGACAUAGUUUGGAACAUGCUCCCAAAUGUUCUCCUAUCCGGCAGUCCAAAUCGAAUUGAACAUAUUAAAGCGGUGCUUGAAUUAUCCAGUAUGUCGGAGCCUACUUAUUUAUCAACGCAUACAAUGAAGGUGUGCGCAGACGCUCUCAUAAAAAUGAUUUUAACCGAAGACGUAGAUGUUAAUUUUCAGAAAUUACUUAUAAAGCAGGCGUACAUCGUACUUGUCGCUUCAACGGCACGCAAUUACUUAAAAAUUCUUUCUAAGUACAUAAAUGAAACGAAAUUAUUGGAGAAAUUACGCGAUUAUGCAUUUUCCGAAGACGAAUCGACAUUAUCUGCAAUAUCAUUGAAAUUUCUCGCUUUUAUUAUUCAUUUUCAAUCACGAUCUUCGAUCGAGUGCGUCAAAUCCGUAACGAUUGAAAUACGUGAUUUAUAUGCCCUUUUGUGGAUUAUGGAAAAGUCACGAUUGGUUUGUCCGAAUGGCUUGGAAUUUUUACACGAGCUGUUGAGUCAAAACAAUGCAGGAAUGGCUGUAACAUUGAAAAGCGUUCCCUUCAACGCACCGGAUAAAGAUGAAAUCACAACGAUUCUAGAUAUUUACGAGAUGCUUCAUGUUAUUCACUCGAAGAGUAUUCCAGCGGAAAGAGAAAUUGUUUAUCAAUGCCUAACCGACGUUCUCAAGUUUUGUCACGUCAAAGUAGAGAAACUGAUGUAUCAUCUAUGCACUGCCAUUAGUAACUACGACCUCGUCAUCGGUAUAGCAAAAACACGUUACUUGUCUUCUCAUUUUCUUCAUUUUGUUACCACGUGGCUUCGCUAUCGAAAGAUAUACAGCGACGAAGAAGUACCGUCUAACUCAAGAUCUUUGUUCAAAUCACCUUUUGACGAAACUAUGGAACAAUUAUCGGAAUAUAUGAAUUUUCUCAAAUCCAAGGACGAAGACGAGGCGUGUACACGAUUGUAUCAUGCGUUAUCAUUCUUCAAAGGUUACAAGAUGACGAACGUUCGUAUCUUUGGAAACGAGGAAGCUAGUUCUUCUUUUUCAAAAUCCGCUUGUUCGUCGUCGACGUAAGCAGAAAGAACGUUGACUUUCCCAGGAUAGCGGUUAGCAAUAGAUAAUACAUCGACCUUUUGACGGAUCGAAAGGCAUGUCUUAUUUAUUUGCGCGGACGACCGUUACGUUGCAUAAAACAUCCCUUAAAAGAAUUUAACCUGACGUCGAUCUCUCCUUCCUCCAGCUAAAACGACAAGAAGGAGAAACGCACUCCCGGAUGCAUCGUGUUUUGGCGACGCUGCUCGCCUGUUGCGAUAACAUUUUGCAAGCACCGCUCUCUUCGCAAGCUUGCUCGAAUUGUCGGAAGAGGAAUUCCUACGAAAGAAAGCGAUCAUAUCUUUUCUAUGUCGAAAAUAAUCACCGGAUACGCGAAUAAAAUACACUAACGCUGGACUUUUUUAACGAUCAAGCUAGAAGAAUUUGGAUAUAUCUAAUAGGAGGAGCUACAAGCUGCGGAUUAGCGUAAACCCUCUUCUUCCCUCUCUCUCUACAUAUAUAUAUAUAUAUAUAUAUAUAUAUAUAUAUAUGUAUAUGUAUAUGUAUACACAUAUAUAUAGACACACACAUAUAUAUGUAUAUAUAUCCAUCCGCACCCUCACUGGCCAUGCAGCGUCGUAAAAGCGUCACCCUUUAAGUGAUAGUUGCCGCUAUAACCUGUAUCAGCAUUCUGCAGGAUAUCCAAGAGGCGGAAACAGAUGUACGAUAAGGAGGACUUACGUUCUUGGUAGUUUCCUUGUAGGGGUACUCUGGAAACGUGAAAGUCUUGGCUAGGGAAGCCGGUCCUUCCUCAAAGUGUCCGAUGACGAGGAUCAGACUGAGCGCGAACGCCACCCUCGGCGCCAUCUUGGAUGGCCACCGACGAUCAAUAGACGAGGAUGGCGCUUCGUUCCCCCCUCUCACUCUCUCUCUCUCUCUCUCUCUCUCUCUCUCUCUCUCUCUCUCUCUUCGCGCGCGCUCGCGCUUUCCUUAAGUUUUAAGAAAAAUGCCAAACAUCGAGAGGCAGAUAUGAGCGAAGAACGAAGGGCGCGACUUUUCAGCGAUCGAUCGAAGCAUUUUUUCCUCGUAAUCACGAACAAGACGAUCGACAUUGUAUUUAGAUCUUUCUUAGAUCUACGAUAAAAUUAAUCAAUCGUUCAUAAAAAUGUGAGGUAGAACAUGAAAGCAUGAAAAACAUGCGGAUAAUUAGGUAGACAGAAUUUAUCGAUAUCUUUGCGUAUAACGCGAUAUUUGCAUAAAAUGCAUCGACGCUCACGAACCAAAGAGCGACAGAAUUUAUUGCUUUUGACUCAAUCGCCCGAACGAGACACGAUCCGUAUUGUUUUUGUUAGUUUAAGCGUAGUGCGUUUCACUCGAUCUCGACAUUUUGCAUGCACAAUAUCGUAUCAUUAAUUCGAGUUUAUUUGGCGUUGAUUGCCAACAGUUUGUUUUUAUAUGGGAGUUCACUUAUUUCCUAUAAGAAGAGAAACGUGAAAUCGAACGAAUCCUCUUUUUAGACAAUAUUCGGUAGCUGUCCUACGUUGUUUCGAGAUAUCGUAUUGCUAUCCCAAAGAUUACCUUGCGCUUCAUCGUGCUUCCUCACAUCGAUUACAUCGUGCUUCUUCAUAGUCCUUGGUACGUUGUUUCACGUUAUAAAUAUAAAAUAACGAUAGAAGAUUUGAUCGGAACAAAAAGUUUUUUAGAAGUAAAAACGAAGAACGAAGGCGUUUGUCAAUGGUUUGGCAAGGGUCCAAAUUCAGGGCCGGUACGAACCUGACCCCGAAAGCAACAAGUACAAUUAAGGGAAGCUAUCCUAACGUAAAUUAAUUCACGUAGGAGUUUCUCAGGUUCACAAGUUGACAAUAAUAUUUUUGUAAAUGCAUCGAUGCUAAUUGUUAGAGAUUAGGGCAUGAUCGAACAUAGCAGAAAUUUAAUCUUAGAUCGAGCGUCUGCUGCAUAUUUAAUGUUUAAUCUCUUUCCCGAAACUUUUCUAGGAGCAUGAAACGGCACGAAAGAAAUUUUACGAUCGAUUAGAUAGAAUUUUAUUCCGUUGAAAAACUCUCGCGGGCUCAAGCUUGUUUCUUGAUACGUUCCAUGAAUACUUAAUAAGGCGAGAAGGAUGUAGAAAAACAAAUUGGCGCGUACAUUUCACGUGUUUUCGUUCGAAAUUUGUCGCGAGCAGGGAAACUUAUGUUUCGUUGAAAGAAAUAUUACAUUGGCGUAUACUAUUGCAGAGCUAUGGUAAACGCGCGUAUAGAUUUUUUAUUUUCUCUCCGAUAAUCCUUUCUUUUCUAAAAAUCUACGAAAUUUCAUCUUCGACGCAUAAUCCUCCGAUUAUGCGAAUUUAUUCAAUUAGGAAAUCUCGUUGCGCGGAGUGCAUUAGUUCCUUUCGUUGGAACGUUAGAUAAAUUUGUAACACAAUGUCACUUAAUCAUUCGUCGACGUUCGCGAUGUGAAUUAUGGAUAGUUUCGGACUCGCUGCUACCUUGGCGCAUGCAGCAUUACAACGCUGAGGGAGAGAGAGAGAGAGAGAGAGAGAGAGAGAGAGAGAGAGAGAGAAGCGACGUAAACGAAAAUGUUUGUCGCACAGGUACUACGUGCAAGGAAUUAUAAUGUGUCAAUGGGAAAGGCUUUUUUAAAUUCCAAACCUACAUUUUCACGAUUGACUUUUGAACCAUUUCUUUUGUUUCCAUAUAUAUAUGUAUAUACAUACAUACAUACAUACAUACAUACAUACAUACAUACAUGUAUAUAUUUUAUUGUAACAAGAAUCAAAGAAAAUUCUGACAAGAAUAUCACAGCUGUUACUCUUAGAUCGGAAUUGAAGAAAUCGGUCCAGUAUGUAUCCGCGCAUAACUGAACGAACUCAAUGAUUGGUCGAGGGCGCAUCGUGGGUUUAACUGCGCGCGCAGAGUCGGCGCGCUUACACAUUAGGAGACGAAGCGCGUCCUCAGAAUCGUGCGAGACUUCGUGCCGGUCAGGUGUGUGUGCGUUUCUUUCUUAUAUAUGUUUAUACGUAUAUCAAAAUCUAUUCGUACAUUACGCACACCCGCAAAUACACAGACUGUGUCAUAUCGUUCCUUUAUCGCAAACGAUUUCUUUCGUUGACCCAACAGAGUGCAAUACGCAGGAGCUUUUCUUUUCUUUGUGUAUAUGUGUAUAUGUCUCUUAUAACGUUGUGCACGCACUAUCAUAUAGCUUGAUAUCUUGUGCCUUGGCUUUUACAACGAACGCGCGUCAAGUCUCUCUCUCUCUAGAGAUAGAUAGAUAGAUAGAUAAAUAGAUAGAUAGAUAGAGAGAUAGAGAGAUAGAGAGAGAGAGAGAGAGAGAGAGAGAGAGAGAGAGAGAGAAACAAAGAGAGUGUAAUCGUUUAGGACGGAGAAGAAAAAAAAAGAAAGAGGAGGAAGCAGAAUCGCAACUCGUCAAAGAUCGCCUUGCGAUCUGCGACGAGCGCGAAACUCGACGAACUCUGGAGCUCGGAAAUAAUCUCAGGAAAAGUGGUGAAGAA